AUGCCCAUACAUAAAUCUCUCUCCCUCGCUUUUCUCCUCUUUUUCCUACCCUUUCUUUCUUCAUCCCAUGCAACAAUAUCAUCUGCAACAGCAGGACUGCCAGAAGCAGAGGCUCUCCUGAAAUGGAAAGCCACCCUCUUUCCAUCACAAGCUCUCCACUCAUGGUUACUUCCUGCCACUAAUGCUACCACCAACACAAUCUCUCGAUGCAAAUGGAUUGGGAUCUCAUGCAACAGCCUUGGAAGUGUAACAGAGAUAAUCCUACCGAGUGCAGGCUUGCAAGGUAAGCUCGACAACUUGAGCUUCCCCUCAUUUCCAAACCUCGUUCAUCUCAAUCUCAGUGGCAACACUCUCACUGGAACCAUCCCAACACAUAUUGGCACUCUUCACAAACUCAUGUCCCUCGAUCUGUCUGCAAAUAAUCUUUCUGGCAUUUUACCACUUUCAAUGGCUAAUCUUAGCCACAUUUCAGAGUUAGACAUCUCAUCUAAUGAAAUUAGAGGCGAAGUAGCUCCAAUUUUCUUCACCAAUUGGACCAAACUCAUCUCCCUUCGACUCCAAUACAAUCAACUCACUGGAAACAUUCCAUCUGAAAUCAGGCUGCUUACAAAUCUCCAAAUCUUGUAUCUCGGGGGAAAUAAAAUAAAUGGAUCAACACCUGUGGAAAUAGGGAAUCUUGUGAAUUUGAAUGAGCUAGUCUUGUCCAUUAACCAUCUAGAUGGUUCCAUCCCUUCCACUUUAGGGAACUUGUCCAUGCUCACAAUUUUGUCUUUACACGAAAAUCAGAUUUCAGGCAGAAUUCCUGCAGAAUUAGGGAAUCUCAAGAGUUUAGUUCAGACAUCUUUGCGCAGUAACAAUGUAAGUGGUCCGAUCCCUCCUGCUUUAGGUAAUUUAACAAACCUUAGACUAUUGUUCCUCUACGGCAAUCAAAUUUCUGGUUCAAUUCCUCCACAAUUUGGGAAUUUAAUAAAUCUCGACAAACUUGAUCUGUCCAAUAACACUCUAACAGGUUCUAUCCCUUUCAUUUUAGGGAACUUGACAAAGCUGACAGUCCUCUCCCUCUUUCAAAAUCAAAUUUCUGGUUCUAUUCCUCCAGAACUUGGGAAUUUAAUGACUCUCAAUAAGCUAUCAUUGUAUAAUAACAAUCUGAGUUGUUCGAUCCCUCCUGCUUUGGGUAAUUUGUCCAUGGUCACAAUUUUGUAUUUAUCCAAAAAUCAGUUUUCAGGCACAAUUCCUGCGGAAUUAGGGAAUCUCAAGAAUUUGGUUGAGCUGAUGUUGUACCAAAACAAUCUGACUGGUCGGAUCCCUCCUGAUUUGGGUUCUAUCCCUUCCACUUUAGGGAACUUGACAAAGCUGACAGUCCUCAACCUCUUUCAAAAUCAAAUUUCUGGUUCUAUUCCACCAGAAAUAAGGAAUCUGGUUAAUCUCAAGGUGCUGGACAUGUCCUAUAGCCUUCUAACAGAGAUGACAAACAUGACAAAUCUUUCCAAAUUCUACUUGAGUGGAAACAACUUCUUUGGCUAUUUACCUCAGUUAUGCCAAGGUGCUGAGAUCCCAAAAGGCUUCAGAAAUUGCACUAGCUUAACAAGAGUGCGACUCAACGGAAACCGACUUGCUGCAAAUGUAUCAGAAGCCUUUGGUGUAUACCCACAUCUCUCGUUCAUGAUGUCAGCAACAAUAUGUUGUUUGGUGAACUCUCACCAAAUUGGGGAGAAUGCCGAACUUUGA